UCUUUUCCUCCCCAGGUCGCGGUCUCCUCCCCCAUCUCCCCCCCAGAGGUUCCCCUUCCCCACCCUCCCUUCGCUCCCUUUUUUCCCUGUCGCCGGCGGCGAAAGGGUUCCGUUUUCCUUGCUCCGGCGGGCUGUAGAUGCUUCCGGCCCUCACCGGCGCCCCAGAUCCGGCGGUCGCUGUGCUGCUUUUCGUUCUUCUGGUCUUGAUUCGAGUGGGAGGGGAAGGGGUCCCUUUGGUGGUCGUGGGAGCAUGCCUGCGUUCUGCGCUUAUGGAGAUGGUGGGUGCCUCGUCUCGGCGCCGGCGGAGCUGUCCGGGCUCUUCUGCCGCGGCGGCGCCGUGCAGCAGCGGAAGCGCGCGCUGGUGGCCGCGUCCGCGGUCGCCGCGGCGGCUGCGGAGUGCGUGAGGGCCGCCAAGAAGCAGAGGCAGCUGCCGCUGCCGUCGCUCGACGCGCUCCCCGACGAGUGCCUCUUCGAGAUCCUGCGCCGCGUGCCCGCCGGCCGCGGCCGCGGCGCCUCCGCCUGCGUCUCCCGCCGCUGGCUCGCGCUCCUCGGCAGCAUCCGGGCCUCCGAGCUCGCCCAGGCCGCGGCGGCGGCGGCGGACAUCCCGGCGCUGCCCGACCUUAACGAGGAGUUCGUCAUGGAGGAGGAGGAGGACGACGACGAGACCCCCGCGGUUCCGUUCGUCGAGAGGGUGCUCGAGGGCAAGGAGGCCACCGACGUCCGCCUGGCCGCCAUGGCCGUCGUCGCCGGAUCCCGUGGCGGGUUGGAGAAGCUCGCCGUCCGCGGCAGCCACCCAACCCGUGGCGUCACGGACCAGGGGCUCUCGGCGGUUGCACGCGGCAGCCCCAACCUCAGCUCGCUCGCCCUCUGGGAUGUGCCUCUUGUCACUGAUGCGGGGCUUGCGGAGGUCGCCGCCGGGUGCCCCUCGCUGGAGCGUCUGGACAUCUCUAGCUGCCCCCUUAUCACAGACAAGGGCCUCCUUGCCGUCGCGAAGGGGUGCCCCAACUUGGUGUCUCUGACCAUCGAGGCAUGCUCCGGUGUGGGCAACGAGGGCCUCAGGGCGAUUGGCCGCUGCUGCACGAAGUUGCAGGCUGUGAACAUCAAGAACUGCGCUAAUGUUGGCGACCAAGGCAUCUCCAGCCUGGUGUGCUCUGCUACUGCCUCGCUUGCCAAGAUCCGGCUCCAGGGAUUGAACAUCACUGAUGCUUCGCUUGCUGUGAUUGGGUACUAUGGGAAGGCUGUCACUGACCUUACACUUACUCGGCUCGCUACUGUUGGUGAGAGGGGUUUCUGGGUGAUGGCUAAUGCAGCUGGCCUGCAGAAUCUCAGGUGCAUGAGUGUUACCUCUUGCCCUGGGAUCACCGAUCUUGCUCUCUCUUCUAUUGCCAAGUUCUGCCCAAGCUUGAAGCAGCUUUACCUCAGGAAGUGUGGACAUGUGUCAGAUGCUGGCCUUACAGCUUUCACAGAAUCAGCAAAGGUGUUUGAGAACUUGCAGCUUGAGGAAUGCAACCGGGUUACUCUUGUUGGUAUUCUUUCUUUCCUCCGCAACUGCAGCCAGAAGUUCAGGGCGCUCUCUUUGGCGAAAUGCAUGGGAAUCAAGGAUAUCUGCUCUGCGCCUGCACAGCUUCCUCUCUGCAGAUCACUUCGUUUCCUGACGAUCAAGGAUUGCCCAGGGUUCACUGAUGCAAGCUUGGCUGUGGUGGGGAUGAUUUGCCCUCAGUUAGAGCAGGUUGACCUGAGUGGUCUUGGUGAGGUCACUGACAGUGGGCUUCUUCCUCUGAUCCAGUCUUCGGAAGCUGGUCUGAUCAAGGUUGACUUGAGUGGUUGCAAGAACAUCACAGAUGCCGCUGUUUCCUCCCUGGUGAAGGCACAUGGAAAAUCUCUGAAGAAAGUUAGCCUUGAGGGUUGCAGCAAGAUAACAGAUGUUAGCCUCUUCACCAUAUCUGAGAGCUGCACUGAGCUUGCCGAGCUUGAUCUUUCAAACUGCAUGGUUAGUGACUAUGGUGUCGCCAUCCUGGCAUCCGCAAGGCACCUCAAGCUUCGUGUUCUCUCACUGUCUGGUUGCUCCAAUGUCACUCAGAAGAGCGUGCCAUACUUGAGCAACCUGGGCCAGUCUCUAGAGGGCCUCAACCUUCAGUUCUGCAACAUGAUUGGCAACCACAACGUUGCAUCACUGGAGAAGAAGCUCUGGUGGUGUGACAUCCUUGCUUAGGCAGACAAGAUGGUCCGUUGCUGGAGAGGCUCAUGUCUGCUGAGAGCCGCUUCCAGAUGCAGAUAUACGUCCGUAGCAGUAGCACAACCAGGUGAUCUUCAGUUUUUUGGCUCGCAUGCGAGUCAUGGUGGUGGGCUUCCGCAUUGUUCAAGGACUGGUUGUUUUAGGGGGUGCUUUCUAGCCGAGUGCUCGUUUUUCACAGAUCACCUCACAGGAGGUCAAUCUGUUUUUUGAGCCUUGGCUGCCAUCACUGGCACCCUGCCCCUCGAUCCAGACACUGGUCCUUGCCAUUAUAGUCAUAAGGUUUUUUAGGCUGCCUUAGUGUCCAAGUCCUUUCUCGUUUUACUGCUUCCUGGUUAUGAAGUUGCAGGCACCGGCGAUCCAUUGGCAGCUCUGGAGUAUCACCAUUCACAGGCAAUGCUGGUGGAGGACAUCAUUUCCAGAGCAGAGCUGCCGAUGCUGGAGCCUCUGUGGACUUAUGCAGUGUGUUUGGUUAUCGAGUCUGAGUCUGUUGGAGUCGUCUGUUGUGUUUUGUUCUCUGUGGUGUGUGAGGUCAUGUAGGGUUGCUUCUUUUUUACAGUCUCUUUAGGAUGCCUGUUGUUCAUGGUGAUCUCGGCCAUUGCAAGGCGCAUACUAGAAGCCUUGCCUUGACAACCUUGUAUGGCUGUUUUUUUUUGCCAGGUCCCUAUUUUUACAGGCAGAUUGUAGGGUACUGUAACCUUGGCGACCCUCUAUGAAUAAAUGAAGUAUGUGUUUAUGUUGAAA